AUGAUCAAGAGAUGUUUCCAAAAGUUCCAAGAAUUCUUGAUGGGAUGCUUCGAAAGGUUGAUCCCAAUUGAAGAUGAAGACGAAGAUGAAGUUGUACCUGAAGCAUCCAUUCAUGAUAAUGAUACGAUAGUUACAUCACCAAUGAGGGAUUCUCCUGUCAAUUCGAAUGUUGAGGAGACUGGAGGUCUUGAUGUCUCUAUGAAAACAUCUAUUGUGGACACAACCAUUAAUCAAGGUGAUUACACGCAAGUAUCUACUCUUGCAGAGACAACUGUCAUACCACCCGAAGUAUCGAAUGCCAAAUAA